AUGCUCAACAUCGGCUACACUUAUCCCAGUUAUUACUUGGCAGAGAAUUACAACUCACCCGGAUCUCCAUACUGGUGCAUGCUGGCUUUUGCCGCAAUCGCUCAACCGCAAUUGCAUCCCUUCUGGUCCAGCAUCGAGGAGACCCAUCCUUUCACGCACACGCCUAGUCUUCUUCCCGAUGUCAAAGCGUUGAAGCACCCCAAGCAUAUCAUGAUCCACAAAGGCGGCCAUACAUUUCUCCUCUCGAGCGGGCAGAAAUGCCACUAUCCCUUGAAGGCAUCUCAAGCAAAGUAUGGGCAUUUCGCUUACAGCGCAAGCUUUGGCUAUUCAGUGCCAACUGGCGGCUACAGCUUGGAGCAGUUCGUGCCUGAAAGUGCGCUAGCGUUGAGCGACGACAACGGCGAGAUCUGGAAGAUGCGUCGUGAAGUGGAAGAUGCGCAACUUCGAGAAAUGAAUGGCUCUCCAGUGCUCUACUCUACUAUGCACCCCUGGAAAGAUGUCGAGGUUAAGACAUGGCUGCUGCCACCGGCUGAUGACACUCCCAACUGGCACAUCCGGAUACAUCGCAUCAGGACAGACAAACAGCUACUCAGUGCUGAAGGUGGCUUCGCUAUCGCAGGCACAAGGACCAAAGACGGCAGGAUAUUGGGCGAGAUAUCACCUGAAGGACAAAUGGAAGGCACCAUGAAGUCCGGCAACAAAGCGCUCGUGGUAUCCAGAGCUGGAGUUUCAGGGGUCGCAGAGCUGGCUUCGAAGCACAAUCGAAAAGGUGGGAUAUGCCAUGCUGAUGCUAACAGCAACCUCAUCGAGCCACGCACGUUGCUGCCAACAUUGUACGCUGAGUUCGAAGCAGGCAGCAGCAUCUGGUUGGUCACGGCUGUCUUUGCUAUGCCAAGUAGUGUCAAUGCUUGGUCGGAAGCGUGGCGGAAGAGUUGGGAGAUGAAGCCAGACCUUCCACAUUGGGUCAAUGAUCUCAUGAAAGAUGGCUGA